GCCGCGAGACCCAGGCUGCAGUUUCCUUCGGACACUGAUGCACAGCAGUCGUGUGGUUUGAGCCGUGCGUACGGUUUCUUCUCAAGCACGCUACAAAUUAAGAGCUCAACCAGAUCUGAUUUUGAUACAAUUGUCGAGGUCAGAAAGUCACUCUGUUGAUGGUUGAUGGUGUUUUAAAGCGUGUCAGUGAGAGAAUACAGUUGAAUCAUAGUUAACAGCGUGUUAGUGUGUUUGUGUGUGUGCGUAUGUGAUAAAACACGAUAUGAUUUUGAAAAGAUUAGAAAAAAUGCAACAAACGUUGUUGCUGAUUUUGGGAACGAUAGCACUUUUGCAAUCUGUAAAUGGAGAAACCAUUGCGAUCGAGCAGAUUCUUUCGCUGUGCUGCCAGCAAGGUGAGGAAUGGGGUUUGCAGAGCCGGACAUGCUCUAGCUACAAUGAAUCCCUCGAGCUGGUCCCAGCUGGGCUGCAUGGAUUGUGCCUUUCGACCAUCGAAAUAUGCUGCUCGAAGCAGCACAAAAUUUACCAAUGUACGGCCGGUCACAUAGCUGCCCGGCAGGGCCGCAGCUGUUCCCCGAAAGGUGACCAGUCGGGGUCGGAAUUUUACACGGAUUGCUGCGAAGCGUGCAAAAUAGGGUUGGUGGUUGGGUCGAGUGCCAACAAGUGCUCGGUGGAACCGUUCGCCUUCGGCAGUCCCUGGGACGAAAUCUAUGACGAUUGCUGCAACGAAAUCAAGCGAAAAGUUGGACAAGAUGAGCCGGGUUUGUGUGAGCAGUUCCCAGCAAUCUGCUCGCAGGUGUGCGAAAACGUCGAGAAAGGUUCGUAUGUGUGCAAAUGCCAUCCAGGAUUCGAGCUGAUGGAUGACAACAAAACCUGUGCUCCUGUUUCGGAUGAGGAUAAUGAAACACUCGAGCGGAAAGGCUGUGCCAACGGAUACAGGUACAGCAAGCACACUGACGAAUGUGAAGACGUCAACGAGUGUGAGACGGGCGAAGCCACGUGUAACUCGGUGAACCAAGUUUGUCGUAAUACGCGCGGAAGUUUCAUAUGCGUUGAUAUCGUCCUUCCGGACAUUGAGUGUGAUGCGGGGUACGAACCGAAGAAUGGCAAAUGUGAAGACAUCAACGAGUGCGAUGAGGACGGUGCCUGUGAUGAAGGAUACCAUUGCGUCAACAUCGAUGGUUCGUACGAGUGUAUUGCCGUGGUGAAGAAUUAUCCAACCCCACCGAGGAAGAAGGUGGAAACAUGUACGCCUGGUUUCCGGAGACAUAAUGAUCAAUGCGUGGAUAUUGAUGAGUGUGCUGCCGAUAAGAAUGCCUGCGACAGUAAUCAGGUGUGCACGAACGAAAUCGGAGGAUUCAGGUGUGAUUGUAAAAUUGGAUUCAAUCUGGAUAGCGUUACAAACGCCUGCGUUGACAUCAACGAAUGUCAGGUGAACGCCCACGAGUGUCUGGAGACGCAGCGCUGUGACAAUACGAUCGGUUCCUACACGUGCAUACGACUGCAAAGCUGUGGCACUGGUUAUACGCUUAACGCCGAAACGGGCAACUGUGAUGAUGAUGACGAGUGUGCUCUCGGGCGUCACAACUGUCGUCCGCCGUUCGAAUGCUUCAACACCAAGGGUUCGUUCCGGUGUCGUCAGCUGUCCAGAUAUCACACACUGACCAGUACGUCCACAUCGACCAGCACUACUACGAGUACCACCGAGCGGCCAUCUUAUCAAGGUGGUUACGGUCACUAUCCAGCCUCACGUUACUCGUCCUACCAACCACAGCUUCCAGCGUGUGGAAUUGGGUUCGAGCGCAACAGUAUGGGAGCUUGUGUUGAUAUUGAUGAGUGUGCACGGGGAGCUAGCUGUCAUCGACAUCAGCAGUGCAUUAAUACGAAUGGAUCCUAUCGUUGCCGCGACCUGCUGACCUGUCCCGUCGGAUAUCGUGUUAAUGAAGACAUUACGGAAUGUUUGGAUAUCGAUGAAUGUGCUACCGGUGAGGCAAUCUGUGGCCCGGAUCAGACGUGCAAGAACAAGAAGGGAGGUUACGUGUGUGUUUGUCCGCCUGGUCAUAUGAUCGGUCGGAACAAACGCUGCGAGGAUAUUGACGAAUGUGCUAUGCAUGGUUCGAAGGUUUGUCAGCAAAAUUCACAAUGCAUUAACACGAUCGGAUCGUAUCGGUGUGAUUGUAAGGAAGGGUUUAAAAAUGGACCAAAUGAGAUGAUUUGCACGGAUGUAGACGAGUGUAAGGAAAUUCCUGGACUGUGUCAUCAGAGAUGCCUAAACUAUUGGGGUUCGUAUCGGUGUGGCUGCCAUCCGGGCUAUAGGCUAAGCUUCAACAAUCGGACAUGCGAUGAUGUGGAUGAGUGCGAGGAGUAUAAGUCGGCUAAUCUGUGUGUGGGUAUUUGCGAGAAUACACCUGGAUCGUACGCUUGCCGCUGUCCGCACGGUUACAAACUGGGAGCUGAUGGACGAAGCUGUAUAGAUAUUGACGAAUGCCAAACCGGAGAUGUAUGCAAAGGACGUCACGAUAUUUGUACGAACAUUGGUGGAAGCUACCGCUGUACGACCAUUGAAUGUCCCUACGGAUUUAGACACGAUACGGAUCGUAGAAACCGUUGCCAACGAAAUAAUCGGUACUGCAAUACUGAUGAUUUAGAAUGCAUACGAACACCUCACUCGUACUCGUACAAUUUCCUUACGAUCGUGUCCAAUAUUUUGCUACCACCGGAGGGCCGUGGAUUGUUUACACUAGCCGGUCCGUCACACUUCCAAAUGAUCGAUUUUGAUCUGAAGCUUGUUACGGUCGAUGCGGCCCCACACGUAAAGCCAGUAGAUAUUCACUAUUUUGGACUCGAGAAAAGAACAAACGAAGCACAACUCAAUUUACGAAAGAGCAUCGAAGGACCGCAAGACAUUGAGCUGGAGUUGAGCAUGAGCGUGUUCCAGAAUGGUGAACUGUACGGUACUAAUGUGGCCAAGCUGUUCCUGAUGAUAUCGGCUUAUGAAUAUUAAAUUCGUGGUAAGCGUUACAGUUUGCACAGGCGAACCACUAAACCCGGCAGCGGUUUAUUCUUACAUUUUUACUUUAACAAUCUGCUAUUAGUGUUUCUCGCUUAGGGGUUCAUACGCAAAGCCAUUCGGUAGCCUCUAAGGAUUACGUAGAACAGGAGUAUGAUGAUAAAAUAAAUAAAGAAUGUUCUUAAAUUUU